AUGACAUUGGAAGUGUUGGACAAUGACAAAGUGUUAGUUUCAAGGUUUUUUAGUCGAAAUAAAAAAAUUUUUUUAAAAUUUUUGGUUUUUUCAGCUAAAAAUUUAAAAUUUUCAGCAAAAGAUGGGAAAACAAUCAGCCAUUGCUUCAGUUCGCGGAGAGUUUGUCACCUUCAGUUGCGGCCCAAGUUUUAAAUGAUUCUACAUACUUUGCUGAAGUACAUUGGCCAAACAAAUGUAAAACAGUAAGUAAAUUUAUACCUCACCCCUACCCCCUUCCAGUAGCCUACCCUAUCGUUAAUAUUACUUUCUACCCCACAAUCAUUUUCAGUUCGAAUACGCGUGUCUGAUCACUUUGUACGGUAUCUUCUUAAACACUGCAGAAGACGACGCAGGAUCCGUAGCAUGUGCACCAUGCAAAGAUUAUAACGAUGUACUACAACGUAUCUACGAACAAGGACCAAGUAGAAGAUUUUACGAAGCAAUUGGCUAUGUUUACCUUAACUUUAAAGUGGUAUACGAUGGAAAACUGGCAAGGCUGAUGCUGACAAGUGGUCAAGACAAACUAACAAUGGAUGUGACAGUCGAAACGACGCAGGGAGUCGAUCAGAAGGUAAGAUAUUGGUUGAAAAUGGUGCUUGAGCUCCGAGUUUUGAAAAAAUUUUAAAAAUUGACGGUUUAGGUAACAAAUUUUGAAAAAUUUUUGAAAAAGUUGAUUUUGGGUAACAAAUUCUUUAAAAAAUUGAUUUUUAGGUAAAAAAUUUUAGAAAAAGUGACCUUUAGAUAACAAAUUUUAGAAGAAGUUACUUUUAGGUAACAAAAUUUAGGUAACAAAUCUGUAAAGAUUGAUAUUUAGGUAACAAAUUUAGAAAAAAAGUGGAUUUUAAGUAACAAAUUUUGAAUAAAGGUUGAUUUUGGGUAAAAAUUUUUAAAAAAAGUUAAUUUUAGGUAUUAAAUUAUGAAAAAAUUGGUUUUUAGGUAACAGAUUUUAGAAGAAAUGAUUUUUAGGUAACAAAUUUAAAAAAAAUUGAUUUUUAGGUAACAAAUUUAGAAAAAGUUGAAUUUAGGUAACAAAUUUUAUAAAAAACCGGUUUUAGGCAACAGAUUUAGAAAAAAUUGAUUUUUAGGUAUAAAAUUUUGUUUUUCAGUAUGUGGGCAUUUUUAUUGUCGUAAGACCGAAUUCGCUUUAUGCAUCGGUCUUGAACUGCACCAUUUCAUAUAGUUUCGUACGCGACGAUCAUCCGUCCAGCUUUUGCGAGGACGCGGACGCAAAAUAUACUUUGAGGAGAGAUACAGCCGCGAAGUUCAUUAAUGUAAGUACUUUUUAUCUUCUUAUCACUCUUUUAUGGUGGAAUACGGUAGGUUACGGUAGAGGUAGGUACGGUAGAGGCAGGUACUGUAGGUUACGGUAGAGGUAGGUACGGUAGAGGUUGAUACGGUAGAUUAUGGUAGAGGUAGAUACUGUAUGUUACGGUAGAGGUAGGUACGGUAGAGGCAGUUACUGUAGGUUACGGUAGAGUUAGAUACUGUAGGUUACGGUAGAGUUAGGUACGGUAAAUUACGGUAGCAGUUGAUACGGUGAUUACUGUAGAGGUAGAUAGAGUAGGUUACGGUAGCAGUUGAUACGGUGAUUACGGUAGAGGUAGAUAGAGUAGGUUACGGUAGAUGUCGAUACGGUAGGUCACGGUAAAGGUAGGUACGGUGGAGUUAGAGUUGCGUUACAAAUGAUAGAGUACUGUGAUGCAGUAGGGUAGAAUAGGAUCCAAUACGAUACGGUAGGAUAAUGUAGAGUAGAUUUGGGUAGGGCAGGGUAAUUUUGCUUUAUUUUAGCUCCGUUGCUACUUCCGCGACACAAGAGACUACCCGCUCUUCACAAUCCCCCAAGCCCUGAAUAGAGUCAAUUUCCUGUAUCAACCGUGUGAAGAGCCAUACGCUAACAAAACCUGUAUGUCACCGUUCAUUGGCGGAUUCUUGUCAUCAUGUAGUUUUACAUUCAUCGAGGCCGGCAAUCAAGAAUUCUAUUGUGGUGGAUUUUUUAACUUUUUGGAGGGCAAUCGCAGUCUUGGUGAGGGUUAACUAAAGGAUCUUUGAGAAAAUGUAAAAUUAGGUAACAAAUUUUAGAAAAUAAAGUUUAGGUACAAAUGUUCGAAAAAGUCGACUUUAUUUUAGAAAAAAUCGAUUUUAGGUAACAAUUUAUAGAAAAAAUGAAUUUUUAGGUAACAAUUUUAGAAAAAAAUGAAAUUUUAGGUAAUAAAUUUUUGAAAGUUGAUGUUUAGGUAACAAAUUUUAGGAAAAGUCGAUUCUAGGUAACAAAUUUUUGAAAGUUGAUGUUUAGGUAACAAAUUUUAGGAAAAGUCGAUUCUAGGUAACAAAUUUUUGAAAGUUGAUGUUUAGGUAAAAAUUUUAAAAAAAUCGAUUUUAGGUAACAAUUUUAUAGAAGAAAUGGAUUUUAGGUAACAAUUUUAGAAAAAAAUGAAAUUUUAGGUAAUAAAUUUUAAAAAGUUGAUACUUUAGGUAACAGUGACAUUGUGAGUAACAAAUUAUGGAAAAAAGGAGUUUUGUAAUAAAUUUUUGAAAAAUAGAACUUCAGGAAACAAUUUUUUGAAAUCUGAUUUUUAGGUAACAAAUUUUAUAAAACUGAAAUUUUAGGUAACAAUUUUUUUCAAUUUUUACUUUUUCAGAUUCCUCGAUAGCAACAGCUAUCAUAUUUUCGAAAUCAUACACUGAAAAGUACAACAAAUUCACAUGUGGCUUAUUCAUGUCUGACGUACGAUUUUAUGGAGACGACGCAAUUUUCCACAAAAUCAAUAUUGGAUGUCUGUGCGCUAUAACGGCCGAAAAUCGAUUUUGCGACAUGGCGUUGUCCACGACCGCGCCUAGUCUCAGCAUACCGGUAGGGGUUUGGAUUUUAAAUUUUUUUUAUUUUGGUGGGUAUGGUAAAUUAUUUUUAUAUUUUGGGGAGUGGUAAGGUUGCUUGGGGUACAGUAGCGAAAUUCAAAGUAAUUUUUUGGCUAAGGUACGGUAAUGUUGGCUAGUAUACAUACGGUAGGGUUCUCUAGAGUAGGAUAGGGUCUCUUACGGUAGGGUAUGGUAGGAUAAGACAAGAUAAACUACGGUAGGGUAAGGUAGGAUAUGAUAAGGCAGAGUAUGAUCGUUUGGGUACUGAACUUCACGGGGGGUUUCUCUAAGGUACGGUAAGUUUGCCUAGUAGACGGUAGAGUUUUUUAAAUUACGAUAGGAUUGUAUAGAGGUUAUGGUGAGAUAUUUUGUAGGUACCGUAUUCUACCUUAGAUUACGGUAGGUAAGGGUAGUGAAGUAGGGAAGGAUAGGACAAUGUAGGGUAGGAUAAGGUAGAGUAGGGUAGGAUAGGGUAGGGUACGGUAGAGUGAGUUAAGGUAGGGUAGGGUACUGUAGGGCUCAUACGGUAGUAAACUUUUUUGAAAUUUCAGAACACCACUUGUACUCUAGAUGCAAAAAGCCUCUACACAGGACCGCCGGCCUAUUGCUAUGUUAAGGAUGAGGAGUAUGGCGUGACGGAUAACGUACAAACGGGAAGUGUCUGCUACAUGUUGAAUGACCGUAAUCUAGCGUUUUGUGUUCCAACGUGAGUUAUUUUGUGUAUUUUUGAUAAUAUUUACGCUAUAUUAUGCUACUAAGCUUUUUUAAAUUAUUUUAGAGAAUUGAUACAGAAUGCCAAAAUAGGAAAAUUUGGCGGGAAUUUGAAAAUUUAAAUUUUUUAGGUUUAAUAUUUGUUUAUAAGCAUUUUUAAUUGUCUUAUUUGGGCUUGCUAGUGCUUUUUAGAACGGUUUAAUGCAUUAAAACUGAAUGCCAAAUUUGGCGGGAAAUUUGAAAUUUAAAUUCUUGCAAAUUUUUUUGUGAAAAUGAUAUUUUUGAUCGUUUACAUUGAAUUAUUCUGGCCAUGUGUGAUUUUUUGGACAUCUAUAACAUGCUGAAACAGAAUGCUAAAUUUGGCGGGAUUUUUAGAAUUUAAAUUUCUGUGCCCUUAGGGUUAAAGUCGUGGAAGUUGGGGUUAAAAUAAGUCAUUUAGAAUAAUUUUUAUUAUUUUUCAGGAAGCAGAAUUGUGAAUGUUGUUGUUUCACCGCCAAACACGACAAUUGUAACAGUUUGUUCGCGAUUGGCAAGGCAUUCGAAAGCCAAUACCUGGUCUGUAUGUGGGAACUACAAUACGGACCAUUUACAACAUACAUACCUAAUUUCUUGGUAAGAAUUUUUACUUUGAUUUGUGGUUGAUAAGUUAGGAUUUUAACUUGGGCAGGGUAGGGUACUGUAGGAUACGGUGUGAUAGGUUAAGGUAAGGCAGGGUACGGUAAGGUAAGAUAUAGUAGGAUACUUGGAUACGGUGGGAUAGGGUAGGGUAGAGUAGAAUAGAGUAGGAUACGGUAUGCUGAGUAGGUGAUCGUACCCUUACAGUAGCAAAUACAAUUGUAUUUUAAUAUGAUUCCAGGCCUUUAACUCCUUUUGGCUCUACGCUGAUGAACUAGUCUUCUCCACCUCUGACAUAAUGGACUUUAAUCGAGAAUUUGAGAAACUCUACGGAUUCUUCGUACUCGAUAUGAAGACUUUAAAAGUCAUAAGGACUGGUAAAUUGGUUUCAAUUUUUUUUCUUAUCUUUUUAUUUUAUUGUCUAAAAACGUGAUUUUUUAAAAAUUUUUUGCCUAAUGUAUGGUUUUUAGGGUUUUAAUACCUAAAAAUAUGAUUUUUUUGAUUACUUGCUACAUAAAAUUAAUUUGUUGUAACCAAAAUUAUGGUUUUUUUAUUUUUGUUAACCAAAAAUAUAAUUUUUUGAUUAUCAGUUACCUAUUAAAUAUUUUUUUUAAUAAUGUUACGUAAAAAAUAUUUUUUUUAUGAUUUUGUUACCUAAAAUGUGGGUCUUUGAUUAUUGUUACUUAAAAAUCUGAUUUUUCGUAUUUUGUUACCUAAAAUAUUUUUUUACUAUUUUUUAACUAAAAUAUUUUUUUUUGGUUAUUUGUUAUCUAAAAUAUGAUCUUUUAGAUGAUUUGUUACCUAAAAAUGAUUUUUUUCUAUUUUUUUUACCUAAACUAUGAUUUUUUAAUUAUUUGUUACCUAAAAUAUUAUUUUUUCAAUUUCAAAAAUUUCAAAAACCGCAAUUCCAGGUAUCUACAACCCAGUCCAACACAGCUACGCAGCCGCUCCCGGUUUUACGGACCACGCUGCCAUAAAUCGCUAUUACAACAGGAGAUGCGGCAAUGUGAGAGAGUGGACUUUGGGCGAGAUCUCGGGACAACAUAGAUGCUUCUACAAGGACAAGUUCACCAUGGAAUGCUGUACCUCCAAAACUUUUGGGGGUAGGGUAUGA